AUGAUCCACGUUUACAAAGUCGACCCGAAAACAGUCGUUAAACUAAUCGAGCCCCCGCGCCUAGCAGAGGCAGAAACACUGCGAUUCAUCCGCGCGAAGACUUCCAUCCCCGUCCCGGAAGUGUAUGAUGCCUAUAUUGACGAAUCGAUUGAUCGCGGGGUAAUUGUCAUGGAAUACAUUGAGGGCGACGUGCUCCGGGACGUAUGGGACGAUAUGGCCGACGAUGAGCAGGAGGGAGUCAUAUCCCAGCUCCGUGGACACAUGGAGGAGUUACGCGGUAUCAAAGGAGACUUUAUCGGAUCUAUCGACAGAACAGCAUGCGAAGAUCCAAUAUUCACGAGCGAACUGGGAAUGUUCGGGCCUUAUGCCAAUGAGAAUGAGUUCCUCGAGGGUGUUGUUCGCGCGAUGGAAAAUGCACUGGGGGGCCCGUGGGUUCGCCAGACAGCCGGGUUUUUGCGCGCACUCCCGCGCCAUCAGAUUGUUAUGACACAUGCGGAUUUGACGCCGAGGAACCUGUUAGUUAAGGAAGGCAAGGUUACUGGUAUUAUUGAUUGGGAAAUGGCGGGCUUCUUCCCAGAAUUUUGGGAAUAUACGAAAGCGCUGUGCUAUCCGGACUGGGAGAGCAGAUGGUAUAGUGAGAAUGCAGUAGAAAGGAUAUUACUUUCUUAUCCGCUCGAGCAUGCGGUCAUGAUCCACGUUUAUAAUAUUGCUUAG